UUGGCGGCGGGCGGCGUGGGUUGCAACCAGCAUCGCCAGGCUUCUGUCCACUUUGUCGGGCCUCUCAACCAAUGCGCGACCUUGAACCGAGGGCAUCGAGGCCAUGAAAUCAUCUCCCUGGCCACCUCUGUAUCGGGUUGCUCUUCAUCCGUCUAAUUGCCUAAUGGUCUAAUGGAGCUCCGCCCCCAGCAAAGCGCCAGCAGCAGCUCAACAAGAUUGCCUACCCAUAUGGGAGCGGAGCAGGGCAAAGGGCAAUAGUCAUAUAGUCGCCUACUAAAGACACGCACCAGCACCAUAUUAUUCCCGCUCACUCCUACAUACCUCCCUACCUUUUCAGUUCCCGUCCUUCUGACUUCUGACUCCUUUGUAAAGCUGUCACUAUCAGAGCUGCAUUGACCUGCAUCAACCUACACUUGGUUCCACACUCUAGCCCCUCUCAAAAUCCAUCAGCAUACCAUGGGUGAAGCUACCGUCAACGGCGACAUGCCGCAUUCUGCCUUCCUCUCACAUAUCCAAUCCUACCCUCUCGUCUCAGACUCGAUCAAGACCAUCCAAGAGAACCCCUACGGUGUCAAAUCGAUCGAGCUGACCAACGCCGGCUACACGAAAUUUGUCAAGCCGACCCUGCCCUACUUCCAGACCCCGGCCUCCUACGCCAAACCCUACGUCGCGAAGGCCGAUGAGCUCGGUGACAAGUUUCUCACCAAAUUUGAUGAGCAGGUGCCCAUUGUCAAGGCCGAGACCAAGGACAUUCAGGACAAGGUUAUGAGCUACAUCCACUGGCCGCUCGAGACGGCAAACACUACCAAGGACUGGGCCUUGGGUACAUACCAAGAUGAGUACAAGAAGUGCGGAGGAGAAGGCUACGUGGCGGGCGGCAAGGCAGUCAUCACCACGUCCCUGAUUCUGAGCUCCGAUGUCCUCAAAUGGAUCAGCUCAUUCCUGCAGGCCAAGAAGGACCAGGCCAAGGAAGUCGUCAACGAAAAGACCAGCAAAUAAGUGGAUGGCUUCUCGACUGCCCGCCGUCCACUCUGUUUCCGCGCCCCGAUUGUUGAGAGCACGACCUCUCAAGUCAUGUACAAAUGAUACCAGCACAAGCAUUUGAUACCCUGAUCGCUACCGGCCAACUACACGAGAUUCGAUCGCCCCUCUUGGCCGAGUCCAAGUCCCCUGAGGAUCUUUCCCAGCUACGCCACCACAAUCCAGCAACCCGAAUGAACUCACAUGAGCAAGCGAUAAUCAAGGCCCAUUUUCUUUCUCGCCAGCAUCCGCUGCUGUGGAUCUCCUUCGUCCCGUCUGAAUUUCUCCUUGAUAGAAGUUUGUUGUCUGCGCGUCUGAAAAUGCAUAGAAUCGGGUAGUUUCUGUUGAAAUGAUAUGAAAUCACUCCAAUGUCAUACUCUCCUGGGUGGCGAUCAGCAACGCAAUCUUUUGUUGAGUGCGGCUGUUGUGAAACUGGGUUUUCGGCAGAAGCAUGUGAAAGUGCCUGUUUUCCCUUCUUAUCGUUAUCAGAAAUUUUCACAUGCGAUGAUGUCGGUGGUGGAGCCUCGAGAGAGCUAGCAGCCCCUCCUUGGAUUUCUGAGGCAACUCAACAAUUUCGAUCGAGAGGGCGAAAGUGUUUCAAAUGGGCAUGGUAGAAGAGGCAGACAGCGACAAACAUAUACACCGAUGACACCCAUGUCCCGUUUUGGGCCGUCUCUGCCAGACUCCGUCCUGCUGACUGCUAAAAGGACGACCAUCGUACUCGGUUUCCCGUGGGCACAACGCAGGUCCACGAGACUUUGCUCCCCCGGAUAUCCUCUCCGCU